AAAUAAACAAUCUAAUUAUAUUUCAGUUAAGUUAUUUGAUUUUUGUUACUUAAGAAGUCAAGUUUGACGCUUUAUGUUUAUCUUCUUAUAUGCAGCAUCUAGAGAAUGUUGAGCUUGAUCCAUUCAGUGAUGAUCAGGCUGAGUUAAAUUACUUGAAAUCAAAGCCAACAUGUUUUAUAGUACUAGGAAAACCGGGAUGUGGAAAAAGCACUUUAGCUAAAGAGUUUAUAAAAGUAUGGAGAUGUUUACUAAUAACAGUGUCUGAUUCAAUACUCUAUGCCAUUCAAAAUCAAAGUGAAAGUGGCAAAAAAGCUCAUGAUAUUUUAACUAAUGGCGGUGUUGUGCCUGAACAUUUAUCACUGCAAAUUCUUUCUGAAAGGCUAUCCGCAGCAGAUGUUUUUCACUAUGGUUACAUCUUGGAUGGAUUCCCAUGUUACAGUGAAGCAUUUACCAUUGACGAGCAGAUUGCAUUUCUUAAAAAUUUGCCUCUUACACCAGACUACAUCAUCAACAUAAAGAUUUCUGAUGAUGAUCUUUUAAAACGGUGCAACAACUUGAAAGUUGAUCCUGUAACAAAUGACUCAUACACAGCCGAGUUUUACAAUGAUGAAAAUGACAAUGCUUUAAUAGAAAAUAAUUCUAAUUCAACGAUUGGAGAAAAAAGUUUAGAAGAAAAUGGACAAGUAGAUGGUGAUGAAGACAAUGAACAGAAAGAUGAGGAUAACCAGGAUAAUAAUCUUGUUAUUAUUAAUAAAUCAAGCAUAGUACUAAGAUUGCUGUUACGUUAUGAGGAGCUUGCUGGAAGUUUGAAUGAUACCUUGAUUAACUAUAAAGAAAGAGUUCUUAAGUGUUUAGAGAAUUUGAUGUCAGAGCAUGACCAACAAAAGUUAAUUGAACUUGAUGGCAACUUAUCACUAAAGCUUGUUUACAUGAGUUUACUUCAAAGAAUGGAGUUUGAACCAAUAAAUCAAGUUUUUGUUCCUGGAAAACUUAUUGGAGCAGAUAACCUAGUAGAAUUUUCCCAAGAUGAAAAAAGUGAUGAGAUAUUACGAAGUUUAUCUGGUAUUGGAUUGGUUACACCUGGAUAUAGAUGGAGGCGCAGCAAAUGGGGUACCUUGUGUCCUGUUGCAUUCCAAAGUGGUGAAAUGGUAAAUGGCCACCCAGAGUAUGCUGUGAGCUUUUUAGAUAAGAUGUACUUGCUCUCAUCUAAUGAAGCUGUUUUUAAAUUUAUGACAUCUCCGCGUCAGUUUAUUGUUCCUUUACAACACAUGUUAUCACCGUACAAAAUAGUUGUCUUAGGACCUCCUCUUUCAGGAACAACAACCCUUUGUAAUAAUUUAGCUAAUCAGUACAAAAUUCAGGUGAUCAAUGUAGAGAGUUUUGUAAAAGGGCGCUUGAAAAAGUUACAAGAUGAGCGGUUGCCAAAGUUACUUGAAGAAGCUAUAAUUAAAGUGAAAGGUUCAGAGGACUUAGCUAAAAGAGAUACUCUUGUUGAUACUGAAAGUUCAACAAAUGAAGAUAAACAAUUACUUGUCAAUGAAAUUGAUAUUAAUGAAAACCAUCCACAGGUAAUAGAGGAGGUGGAUGCAAAAAUAGGAGAAAUAGAGUUAUCUCCCAAAGAGUAUGUUGAUUGUAUUGAAGAAGCUCUAAUUGCUGCUUUCAAAGACACAAAUAAAGAUUACAGACAUUCAGGUUGGAUAUUGGAUAACUAUCCACAAACUAGAGAUCAGUUUAACAAUAUGGUAGAAAGGGAUAUAGCUAUUGAUAAUAUGUUUGUUUUUAAUGAAGACAGCAAUGCACCUGUUCUAGUUGAGCGAUGGAAUAAUAUUUACUGUAAAGGUAAAAACAAAGCUUCGCUAAGUGAGCAAGAUGAAAUCAAUUUAAAGAAAUAUAAAGAUUCUAUAUCUGAGUUCACUCAAAGUUGGCAAAGUAUUCAAUCUGCUAUUUCAUCUCACAAUGCUGUUGAGGUAAUGAUCAUCCCAACCAACAUUUCAGAGCAAGAUGCAUUUAGAUUAUCAAUAAAAAACAUAGAAGCUGCUUUUCAAUAUCAUCCUUGGAAGUAUAAUGAGUUUGAUGAAGAAGAAGAAGAGGAUGAUUAUGCUGCUACUAAUGAAGAAGUUGAAGAUGAAGAUGAAAGUAAUGAUCGCAACAAAAAAAAGCCUUUAGGUGAAACACUACAUUUCUGUCCAGUGAAGUUAAAAGAAAAUGAUGUUCUUUGGCCAGGAUCUAAUGAUUUUGCAGUUAAAUAUAGAGAAAAAGUUUACUUUCUCUCGAAUGCAGAUGCUCAAGAUCAAUUUAUGCAAAACCCAGAACUGUUUUUGCCACAAACUGAAAAGUUCAAGAUCCCAGCCAUUCGCUUUAUGUUGCUUGGCCCUAAAGGAUCUGGUAAAUCGCUUCAAGGAAGGUUGCUUGCUAGUAAGUAUGGACUUUUGCAUAUUUCGUUUAAAGAUCGCCUUCAAGAGCUAAUUAUUCAUAAGACAUUGAAAAAAGUGGGACCAGAUUUUCAGCAUCUAUAUGAAAAUGAAGAAAAUAAAGUUGAAAGUGAGGAGAAAAGAGCUGAAGUUUUUGAUUUGAACCCGUUUGAAAAAAACAUCUACAAUAAUAUCAUUGAAGGUGAACCACUCACAAAAGAAACAUUGGAUGCAAUCUUAGUACCAUGGUGGAAGGAAGAGCCAUUCAAAUCAAAAGGAUUCAUUUUAGAAGGAUUUCCGAGAUUACCAGAAGAAGUUAAUUACUUAACUGAAUCAGGUUUAUUUCCUGAUGGUGCUUUAUUUCUUAAUGUAAAGGAUGAAGAUAUUUAUAACAGACUUUCACCAUCUAUUAUCAGUCGAUGGAAGAAGCAGAAUGAUGUAAAAAUGAAAAAGAAACAGCAAAAAAAAGCAGAAAUAGAAAAACUAAAAGAGGAAAAGAGGAUUCUUCGUAGAAAGGAAAUUUUAGCUGAGAGAGAAGAUUUGCGAUCACAAAAAUUGAAUACAUCCCGCAAUAACGAAGAUGAAGAAUCUGAAGUAGAUGAAGGUGAAGAUGAAAGUAACAUCGACGACAUUAUAGAACUUGAAUUAAUAGAAGAAUUUGGAGAAGAUGAUGAGGAAGAUGAAGAAGAUAAUGAAACUGAAGAAGAUGCUAUUAAUAAGAUAAAAUCUGAAUUAGUAGAUAAAUAUAAUGAUGAAUCAAGUUUAAUAACUGAGCUAAAGGAAGCCUUUGAUGAAGAAUUGAUUUAUACUUUUGAUGUAGAUUCAUCACGCAAACCUCAAAUUGUUCAAUAUUGUCUCACAAAAUUGCUUAAAAAACACCUUUUGUGUCGAAAUUGUUUUUUUGAUAAAUGCCAAAUUUUAAAACCAACUGUUGCUAAAAACCUGUUAAAACAAGGAUAUAAAAAACUUAGCAGAUUUGGAAAGUGGUGUCCUGUUAAGCUGUAUGACAAUGAGACAUUAAUGCCUGUUCAUAAAAGUGAAAGAGAAAAAUUUCCUGUUGCUUAUCGCCAUUUUAUAUACUUUUUAUCAUCAAAAGAAGCAUCUGAAUGUUUUAUUGAAAACCCAAAGCAGUUUCUCACUGCAAAAUCUCCGAAACAUUUUGUACCUGUAAAAAUUGCUGUAUUGGGUCCUCCAAAAUCAGGAAAAACUACUCUUGCUAAUCGCUUUGUCAAAGAACUUGGUCUGGUACGAUUGUCUAUAGGAGAGGCUAUGCGUCACAUUUUAGUCAGUCACUCAAAGACUGAACUUGUUCGUAAAAUGCAAAAUUGUUUAUUAAAAGGUUAUGUAAUCCCUGAUGAGUUAGCAAUUGAAGCCCUUGAACUUCGUUUACUUGAUAUUCAAUGUUCUAUGAAUGGAUAUGUUUUAGAUGGUUACCCAUGCACCAUGCACCAGUUUAAUCUUCUGAAAGAUAGAAAAAUUAUUCCUUAUAAAUUUAUUGAGCUCAUUAUAUCUGAUCAAGAAAUUUUACAAAGAGGGUUAACAGAUAGGAGAUCUGUUUAUAGAUUAUGGCCAUUACAUGAUAGUCAUGCUAUAUUAGCAAUUCGAAUUGCUUGUUAUAGAAAAGAAUCUGUUUCAAUUCUUGAAUUCUGUCGUGAACAGUUCAAAAAUCAAUUUUGUGUUAAUGCAGAAAAUUCCAAGUGGUGGGUAUACAAUGAAGCUGUAAAAGAAGUGUCAAAAGCUGUGGAAAAUAUACAAGGAUAUAUAGAAUGUAUACAGAGAGGUCGCCCUGCUCCUAUAAAAUCUAUGUGUAUUACUCCUAGUGAAAUUCAAUCGAGACUUGGAGAGUUUUUAGACUACUGUCCUGUCAGUUUAGCACUGAAAAUGGAACUAGUUAAUUGCGCUGACCUAAAAAAUGACGAUUUAAUUGCUGAAUAUCGUGGAAAGUUUUAUAAGUUUUCUGACGAGAACAACAUGUUACAAUUUCUUAAUACUCCCACUAAAUAUGUAAUGCCGCUUGCUCCUAGAACUCUACCUGAUAAUGAAAGGCUACCUAAAAGAGUAUUUGGCGAUUUUUUAAAAAACAUUUCUUUUCAAACAAUCGCAUUUCAAGGUUACUGUCCAGUAACCUACAUUGAUGGUGAUAAAAAGUACGAAAAACUUGUUAAAGGUCAAAAAGACUUAGUGGCUGAAUUUAAGAAUUCUCUUUUUAUGUUUACUUCUGCCGAUUGUCUUGAUAAAUUUAUGAGGUCUCCGGAAAAGUAUGCUUAUGUAACUCUUCCCAAAAAAUUACCUCCAUCCAAAGAGGUUAUUGAUGUAUUAAAGCUACCUAGGCUGGGUUAUAUGGAACAGACACUGUCAGUAUCGAUUAUUAAAGCGUUAACUGCUGUUGGGAUGUUAAAGCCCAUCUUUCCAUUCUUAUCAGUUAAAAGUUCUGCCCUUAUUUAUGUAGCUUAUCACUUGAAAGCUUUCAAUCCAAAAUCAAAUGAAAUGGUUAAAGCAAAGUAUAAGAAAAAACUUAGGCUAUUUGAAAAACAAUGCGAAAUAGUACCCUAUCUAGGUCGAACUAUGAAACGCAAGUAUUUAGAACCAGACGAUCGUCCACUCGAUUUCGAUCUGAAGUUAAACACAUUUUUUUCGUUUCAAAAAACUUUGUUAUAAAAAUUGUAAACGCGCGCGUGAAUGUAUUUAUUCAUUAAAAUACAUAAUGAUUAAAAUAAAAUGGUCCAAAAUGUGUUGUGUAUAUCUGUUGUUGGAAUUCGCGUGCGUAUUUUUAGGAACGCGUUCUUAAAAAUAUGUAUUACUGU